ACCCAUCGCUGCUUUGUCCUCCUAAAACAACCAGAACACCCCCCCCCCCUCUCUCUCUCUCUCUCUCCCCCCAAAAUGGAUUUUCUCAUUCGAAGCAUGUUCUUCCUGCUUAUCCUCUCCUCGCUUCUCUGCUCUCAAGCUAGGGCUGAAGGUACUGGUUCCGUUUUCUUCAUCGAUAGCUCCGCUCGUCAAUUUCUUCGCACUCGAUCAUCUAACGAUGUCGUUGAGCCUGAUUCAAUGUUGCCCUCAGAAGUUGGAGCUGCUGUAUCAGUCUUGCUUGGUUUUUUACCACCUUCAACGCUUUCAUCCGCUGGUUCAUCUAAGUUAAAUGAUGUCCUCAUGCCUAAUCCAUUUGAUAGGCCUCGUGCUGUUUUUAUGCUGGAUGUCCAAGGGACAGAUCCUAAGCUUGUGGUGAACUCAGGUAAUGCGCUGUUCAGCAGUUCCUCUAUGAGAGAGGUUAGUUUUGGUCUGGAGAAAGCUACUGACAUUCAACUUCCAGAUGAAAAUAAAGUCUCUGUGUUUUAUCUGGACGAACUCUUCCUUGAUUAUACUGACAAAGAAAUUGGUGAAUUCGCGUCUUGGAUGGGUGGAUCUUAUGUUGCUGAUUCACUGAAGCCAUUAAAUGGAGAGUUAACCAUCCCCUUGGCAGAUGCUACCACUGUGAAUCUUCAUAUGUCAAAGAAAGCAGACAGAGAAUUCACUGUUAGUCUUCUGUCCCUCAUUAGCAAUUUCAAAAAGGCACUAGAGUUGCAUGAAGAUUUGGUGGAUAGCGCUCACAGUCCAGCUGAGUUGAUAAUGGGCUGUUUUGAUGGCAUUAAGGUGGCUUUGCAAGAGCAUUAUGGAUCUGAAGGUUUUGCUAGGCAUGGAGUGGGUCUAUUACUUGCUACACUGUCCAAGAUGUUUGAUUCAUUCCAAGAAGCAUACCAAGGUCAAAUUGUUGGAGUUGUCUUCUUUAGUGGGUCAUCUACCACUGAGUCGGGCAAGAUGUUGAAUGUGGUGUAUACUUCUCAGACAUCUGCACGCUGGUUGGUCGAUACAGAAGGAUCCCUCAAUGUGACUGGUCCAGAAGUGUUGUUGGUUAGACGGACUCUUGCCUGGAUCACUGGAAUUAUUCUUCUCAUUUCAACUCUCUUGGGGGUACACUUCCUUCUCAAUAUGCCCAUCACAAGGGACACCCUCCUGUAUUCUAACGUCAAGCUUGACUAAGCUCGGAAAGGAGAUGAUUGAUUAGGCCGUCUUCCCUGAACCUAUUUUACAUGGGUGUUUUGUAGAUGCAUCGUUACCUAUGUCCAUGUUUAAGUUUAUGGAUACCAUUCCUUAGUUAUUAUGCAGUAUUGAACAGGUUGCUCUAGCUAAUAAGAUCUCUUGGUUUAUCCAUGGCGGCUAGAUCAAUGAAAUAGGGGUUUGUAGCCAAAAAAAAAAAUGGUACAGGGCAGCAUGGGGUGGGAGGAGGACAGAUGAGAAUUCUAUGAUGAUGUGCAUUUAGGUAGAUGGAGAUGGUGAGUCGAUGUGUACUUGGUGGGUUAUCUUCUGGAUCAUCUUUCUUGUUUCUGAGAUUCAGAAUAACGAAAAUGCAAGUUUGAUUCUUUUCUUAUUUCUCCUUAA